UAACCGUUAAAGGUUUCUCAGAUUACCAGGUCACCUAACAUAAAGUUGACAGACAAGCAACCGCAUAUCUCCACCGCUUUCUUUGAUUUCCGGCGAUUAUAUUGGUAGCAACACUCAUCGAUCCACCCCCGUCUCUCUCUCUCUCUCUCUCUCUCUCUCUCUCUCUCUCUAACAACACAGCUCUCCCUCUACAUCCCUUCCAAGUUACUUCCUAAUCAAAACCCUACAUAUAUAUUAUACAAACACCUAUUCGACAUCGAAUCGAAGAAAAGAUUAGCGAGGAAGACUAAAAAUUGAAUUUGGUGUGAUGGGUAACAGAGAUCUAGAGAGCAGAGGAAGCUGGAAGAACAGAGGUGCACCACCACCGCCGCCGCCGCACUCCAAUUAUUACACAUCGUCUUCUCCGUACUACGCCGAAUCAUCGGAGAAACAAUGGACUUCUUGGCUUGUUCCUAUGAUUGUUGUUGCGAAUGUGGCUAUGUUUAUCGUCAUCAUGAUUGUUAAUGAUUGUCCUAAGAACCACAAUUCGAGUCUCGAGGGGAACUGCGUUGCUAGGUUUUUGGGCAGACUCUCUUUUCAGCCUCUUAAAGAAAAUCCCCUUUUUGGGCCUUCUUCUUCUACAUUGGAAAAAUUGGGAGCUCUUGAGUGGAAAAAAGUAGUGAAUGAGAAUGAAGCAUGGAGACUAGUGUCAUGUAUCUGGUUGCAUGCAGGAGUUAUUCAUCUACUUGCAAACAUGUUAAGUUUGGUUUUCAUUGGGAUCCGACUUGAACAACAAUUUGGCUUUGCACGUGUAGGAGUAAUCUACUUGUUGUCUGGAAUUGGUGGAAGCAUACUUUCUACACUUUUCAUAAAAAGCAACAUUUCUGUUGGUGCUUCUGGAGCUCUCUUUGGUCUUCUUGGAGCUAUGUUAUCUGAACUUCUUACUAACUGGACUAUUUAUGCCAACAAGGCUACAGCUUUGAUCACACUUGUGAUCAUCAUCUUGAUCAAUUUAGCUGUUGGAAUUCUUCCCCAUGUUGACAAUUUUGCCCAUAUUGGUGGUUUUUUAACCGGUUUUCUCCUUGGUUUUGUAUUACUCAUUCGUCCCCAAUUUGCUUGGCAAGAACGCAGACAUCUUCCUGUUGAGGCUCGUGGAAAAUCCAAAUAUACCCUUUUCCAAUACGCUUUCUGGUUUCUUUCCAUCAUCUUAUUGAUCGCUGGGUUUGCUGUUGGAUUGGUGAUGCUUUUGAAAGGAGAGAAUGGGAACGAUCAUUGCAGCUGGUGUCAUUACUUGAGCUGUGUGCCUACGUCCAGAUGGCAUUGCAACAACCAAUGAUAAUGAUAUAACGACUUGCAUCUUUCAAGUCCACAUUUUGCAAAAG